UACUCUCUGAACUCUCAGUACAUGCGAAUCCGUUUCAGAGGAACUCAACGCGGACUAAACUCGACGAGCGUGAGGGAAUCAGCCGAACCAGACAGAGGUCAUCAUGCCUGCGAAGACCAGCAAGAGCUCGACGGCCUCCCGGAGAGCGGCGGAGGCGCGGGACGCGUGCGACGGCGAUAGUGAUGAUGGUGCCGCGAAGAGCGUCCCUGCACCGGGCCGCGCGCACGGGAACGCUGCAGAAGUGUGUGUGGGCGAGCCGGUGGAGGUGCUGGACCAGCGCAGUCUGCAGGAGAUCCUGGAGAGCGUGGCCCCCCCGCCGCCCCCAGCCAUGAGCUCUGAGCCCGGGGCCCCGCGCCUCAUGAUCACACACAUCCUCAACAGGAACUUCAAGUCCUACGCCGGGGAGCAGAUCCUGGGCCCCUUCCACAAGCGCUUCUCCUGUAUCAUCGGGCCGAACGGCAGUGGCAAGUCCAACGUGAUCGACUCCAUGCUGUUUGUGUUCGGGUACCGGGCCCAGAAGAUCCGCUCGAAGAAGCUGUCGGUGCUGAUCCACAGCUCAGACGAGCACCCAGACCUGCAGAGCUGCACUGUGGAGGUGCACUUCCAGAAGAUCACCGACCAG